AGGACGCGCCAAUGUGAAUCCAAUUUAUUUAUAGUUUAAAUAUACAUUUUUAUUGAAAACGUGAUGUGGUGAUAUAUCUUGAAUAAUAAUAAUAACCAAUUCAUAAUAUUGACUCAAUAUAUCAUUCAAAUGUUAAUGCCAUUUGUUGCCGUUUACCACUCACACUGACUUGUCACGCAAUAAUCUCAACCAAUGUGUCUCUGUGGCGCCACCUUAUAUGAAUGCCAAGAGUGUCAUCAUCUCCUCAAACCACAAAUGAAAAGCCCAACACACUCGCAUUUGGGUCUAUACAUGCAUUCAUUUGAUAAGAAAUGAAAGCUUUGCGCACAACUGAGAGUCACGAGCUUUUAUCCCGUUGCGUAUCAACAGCUGAUUUCUAUCAAUAGACCACGAGGUCUUCUUCCUUUUUCAUCCUAUAUCUGAAGUUCAUGGUCAAUAAAGUGUGUGCAUUGAAAUGGCUUUGAUACGCUGCUGCUUCGAGCCACCUGAACUGCCGGAAUUUUUUGAUAGUUUCGUUCAGAAAUGCACGGAUCCCAGCUGUUGUUGUGGCUGCUGUUCCGCGCUGCGACCGCGCUACAAGCGCCUGGUGGACAACAUCUUUCCCGUGAAUCCAGAAGAUGGCCUGGUUAAAUCGAACAUGGAGAAGCUGACCUUCUACUCGCUCAGCUCGCCGGACAAACUGGAUCGCAUUGGCGAGUAUCUCUACCAGAAGGCCACCAAGGACAUCAAUCGCAAGCGUUACAAACUCGCUGAGAUUGCCAUGGAGGCAAUGGAUCUUUUGCUGCAGGCUUGCCAUGCUCAGACCACGUUGAAUCUCUUCGUCGAGUCGUUUUUACGCAUGGUGCAAAAGCUACUCGAGGAUUCCAAUCCGAAUUUAAAGAUCAUGGCUACAAACUCUUUUGUGAAAUUUGCCAACAUUAAUGAGGACACGCCAAGUUAUCAUCGUCGCUAUGACUUCUUCAUCUCGAAGUUCUCGUCGAUGUGCCACAGCGAUAGCCAGGAUCUGCGUGAUAGCUUGCGUUUGGCUGGCAUCAAGGGACUGCAGGGUGUUAUACGCAAGACGGUGUCAGACGAUCUAGUUGAGAACAUUUGGGAGGCACAGCACAUGGAGAAGAUUGUGCCUUCGCUGCUCUUUAACAUGCAGUUUUGUGUAAACGUUAUGUUUGUGAAGAAAAAUUUACUGGCGUCUGGCGACCUCACGCCCGUUGAGGAUGCCACCAAUGUGACGCCGCCUGUGCUGGCCGAGGAGGUGCUCCGUGAGCUGGUGGGACGCGCCUCCUUUGGACAUAUUCGCAGCGUGCUGAAGCCGCUGCUGACUCAUUUGGAUCGCCAUGAGCUGUGGGUGCCAAACACCUUUGCUAUACACACAUUCCGCAUCGUGAUGAUUUCCAUACAGCCGCAGUACUCGUACACUGUCGUGGAGACACUCAUGCAGCACUUGGACAGCAACUUCAAGUCAUCGCCCAAGACACGCACUUCGCUGGCUGUGGUGCUGUCCAAGAUUAUUGCAAUUGCCGCUGGGGAGAGUGUUGGACCAUCGGCUCUCGAUAUUAUUAACAAUUUGUUGUUGCAUCUGCGCACAAGCGUUGGCACAACCUCUGAAAUCACCGCCGAAGAGUCACAGUAUCAGGAGGCAUUGAUCAAUGCGCUGGGCGAGUUUGCCAAUCAUCAUCCGGACUAUCAGAAGAUUGAGAUCAUGUUGUUCAUUAUGAACACGGUGCCCGAUUUGUCCAAGAAGAGCAAGGGCGAUCAGAUGCUGCAGAAUAUAUUGCUAAAGUCGUUGCUCAAGGUGGGAAAUCAAUACAGCACCGUCUCCUUCGAAAAGGCUUUUCCGGCAUCAUUCCUACAACCCUUACUGCGCAUGGCACGCGCUCCGCACGAUCCGACGCGCAUGAUUGUCAUGCAAAUCUUUCAGGCACUGCUCGAUCGCCAUCAGAACGAGCAGGUGCUCAGCACUGUGAGCGUAAAACCGUAUCCGGCUCUCUCCCAGGAGCCGCCCUCACGCUCCGACAUCAUUUUCACGCAUAAGUAUGGCGCCAACAUAAUGCAAGCGCUUAUCGACAGUAUGGCAUUAUCGGAUCGCGUGGACGCACUCUCCGCCAGCUUUAAUACGGCUGCUCUGCUCAUUGUGGAAAUGUCGUGCAGCGAAACGGUGCAGGAGUUCUUGUUGUUCAUCUUGGGCGUACAGCAAGUGGCCAGCACCGUGGAAUCCUUGGGAGCCGUUCACAGAUGCAAUUUACAUGCGAUAGCCAUUGCACUGUUGGUGCUGAUCUCACGUGUGAGCGGCAUCAACAAUCUGCUCGAAUAUGCGCAAAAGAUCAUCGAAGCUCGACGCGAUGAGGCUAGCUACUAUUUGCCACCUCUGAUGGAUACCAAAAAGGGAUCGAACAAGAAUCUGAAUCUAUCGCUGCCGCAUCUGGCCAUCGAUAAGUUGGCCCUUGGCGAAUGCAUGCAGAAUGCUGGCAUGGAUGCCCAACGUCUCAAUACGGGAGCACCGUAUGCACUUAAUCAGUCCGAUAAUCCAGGACAUCGUCACUCCUGGGUGGAUUCAGUCAGUGCACAGAUGACGCAGCGCAACAGCUCCGCCGAUUUAACCGUCUACAACGGCGACGUGGACAGUGUGAAUAGUUCACCCGGCAUCUGCAAGAAGAUUCUUGCGCCCGAGUUCAACUUUGAUGCGAUGAAACGUGCUCUGGCCGAGCCAACAGAGGCGGCAAAGCGAGAGCAACGUGAGCGUCAAAUGCAAAUUGUGCGCACUUUCCGCGAGGGCGAAUUCGAUGAUCUAAUGCGACGUACCGAACCGAAGCACGAUCUCAUUCAGAAUCGUCUCAACGAACUAUUCAACUCGCUUGCCGUCGAGCGACAGAUUACGCAAAGCGACAACAAGACAGCCCAGCUACAGGCCAAUAAUGAGAAGCCCGUCUAUGAGACAAAGUUCCCAGAGCUCUUCUACUAUUAGCAUCGUUAAGAAGCAGCAUUAUUGGCUACUAAAUGGAUUGGAUACCGAAUAUUCUGUAUUAAAUAUGUAGUAUUUGAUAAUAUAGCUAGCUAAAUUCUUUGUUUGUUACGGGCAGGGUCAAUUCUAAUGAA